AUGUCAGAACCUAUACCCAUCCCUCACUCCAAAACCGAAAGUGCCCUGGAUGAGAUGUCCUCGCACGACGUGGCCGGUAGUGCUGGAUCCGAUCUCACGGGUGCUCUGACACCGGGCUAUCAGUCAGGCUAUCAAUCCUCCAGUCCGGGAAGCCCAUACCUCCUCUCCAGAAAUCCCUCGUAUGUUGGCAGCCAAUCUCUGCAGGAAGAUUGGGAGGUGCCCCUCGACAAGCUCACCUUCUUUGACAUCUUCGACAAUCUCGCUUUACCGGCCAAGCUCGAAAAAUGGCAUGCGACCUUGCAGGCUCAGAAAGAGAAGCUGGCACGCCAGCAGGAGAAGAUCAGGAGCUCGGGCAACAAUGCCAAAGACCGCGCCGUGGCCGAAUGGCGCAAACGUGUGCCGCCGGCCGAUGAACAGCUGGCUAAGUACCGGUCGCGCAUGAAGAAAUCGGUGGAUGAUCUGAACAAGAGGUGGAACGAAGUGGUGACGAUAUCCAUCCGCGAAAAGGUCUCCUUCAUUUCCGCCGUCCUCAACGUCUUCAUCAGUGGCUACCUGAUCGGAGCUGUGCCCGAGUAUUUCUACUGGUGGUAUACCAUACAACUCAUCUAUUUCAUGCCCAUCCGGGCCUACACCUACCACCGGAAGGGCUACCACUACUUCCUGGCCGACCUGUGUUACUUUGUCAACUUUUUGCUCCUCUGCAGCAUCUGGGCGUUUCCCCGUUCCAAGCGUCUCCUGAUCAGUGCCUACUGUCUUGCCUACGGCAACAAUGCCGUCGCCAUUGUCAUGUGGAGGAACUCCCUGGUAUUCCACUCCCUGGAUAAAGUCACCAGCCUUUUCAUACACGUCAUGCCGCCCGUGGCAUUACACUGCAUCGUCCACCUGACUCCAGGCGAGUUCUUGCGCCAACGCUUUCCGGCCGUGUAUGCCAUCAAAUACAGCCCGAAGGGUUCGCCCGGGCACUACGAACUGGCCGCCAUGCUGCUGUGGGCUACCGUGCCCUACGCGAUCUGGCAGUUAUCCUACCACUUCUUCAUCUCUGUCCGGCGCGCCGAGAAAAUCAAGGCGGGAAGACCCACAUCAUUUACAUGGCUCCGUCGUUCGUACGCGAACACGUGGAUUGGCAAGACGGUCAACUCGCUACCAGACUACCUGCAAGAGCCAGCGUUUAUGGUGAUCCAGUACCUAUACGCCUGUCUCACGAUAAUACCGUGUCCGAUUUGGUUCUGGUUCCGAUGGCCGAGCGCAUUGUUCUUGCUGUUCGUUUUCAGCUGGUCAGUGUGGAAUGGUGCGAAUUACUACAUGGACGUCUUCGGGAAGCGAUUCCAGAAAGAGCUGGAGCAAAUGAAGCGCGAUGUGGCCAAGUGGCAGAACUCUCCUGGAGCCAUGUUCAGUCCGCCGCAUGGACCCGUGGAUUCGGAUAUGAACUUGGGCACGACAAAGGGCGAUUCGAGAAACGGCCAUGACAAGAGGCCCUCGAUUGAUAAAAUCCCGUUGCUGGAUGAGACAGGGCAGCCGCACCAGAACGAUCAUGCAGACGUUAGUCCGAAUUCGGAAGCCAAUGCCAGGGCCACGGGCGCAGAGAUCCUGAAUGAGGCAAACGGCAAUGUUUUGGACAGGAAGAAUGUCUCGGCGCCGCUUACGGGGGCAACAAUGUGA